AUGAAACUAUUCUCAACAGUUUUAAAGAAUCAAAAUCAUAUUAAACCAUCACUUUAUAAAUGUAUUGCUUCUACAAAAGUAACAAGUAACAAUACUUUUACUUCUAGUUUAUCACCAUCAACCUCCUCAUUCUCAUAUCUUGGAAGACAAUCAAGUCAAUCUUUGAUUUCAUCAUCUUUGUCAUCAUCAUCAUCUCUAUCAUAUUAUACAACCGAUUCUUCUUCAUCACCUUCAAAAAAUGAAACAAAGUUGGCAUCUGAAAUCAUAAAGGAUAUGAAAUCAUUUCAAGAAUAUAGAAACCAAACUGGGUAUCAACCAACAAACCAAGAAUGGCUAAAAUUACUUCAACAGAGAGCUGUUGGUGGGUUACCUCAUCAUAUGAAUUUUGAAAUUGUUGGAAUUGAUGAUCAAGGAGUAGAUUCACAAAUGAUAGUUAGAAACCAUCAUUUGGCAGCCAAUGGAUAUAUUCAUGCAGGAUCAUUGAUUACAUUGGCCGAUACAUGUUGUGGAUUUGGAUGUUUUAGUAAAUUGCCAAUUGGAUCGAUUGGUUUCACUACCAUUGAAUUGAAAUCAAACUUUUUUGGUACUAGUAACGAAGGUGCAUUAAUUAAAUGUCGUGCCACUAUGGUUCAUUCAGGAAAAUCAACUCAAGUUUGGAAUGCCAUCCUUACAGACGCAACAAAUAAUAAAACAAUGGCAAUGUUUACUUGUACAGAAAUGAUUUUGUAUAAUAAGAAAUAA